AUGUCAAAUAUUGCUCUUUCUUCAUCUGACACAGCUUUGAACCUCAAUGUUCUUGGCAUUGCACACAAUGAGAGCAACCUUCUCCCAGACUUGCUCUUUACCACAGCUUCUGUGCUGUUUGGAUUGGAAUACCUUAAUAACACUAUAGCAAACUUGUGUGAAGAGCUGAAUGGUAGAUGUCACCCAACACCAUCUGGUGUUAAUCCAGAGAAACUGGUCACACCCAAUGCUGUUUGUUAUAUUACAAAGGCCUGGAAUUCUGAUGCUGUACAACCCAAUAAUCAGCUUAUUCCCCUACCUCAUGUGAUGAAAGCUUGGGUCAAUAAUUUCACAUAUCAUGCAUUUAUGAGCACCUCAUUGGUGGAAGCCAAUGGGCCUUCAUGCUUUGACUGCAGCAAUAGCUUCACAACAAAGGAGCUUAAAUCACUAGAGGUGCUCAAGUCUGAUUUUCACAUUCUGGACUUGAAGAAGCAAUAUGCACAGUCCAAAGUCAACAUGUUGUCUGAAGCCAUCAUGUGCAUUGCUGAGUUCCAUGGCAAUGAUAAUAGUUGUAGUAGUUUCACUCCUAGUGAUCUGUCUGCAUGA